UAGUCCUCAGGUGAGAGGGCCUAAAAAGAAAGCAAACACAUUACUACCGGCAAGUCAAGUUCGCAAACAAAAAGCCAAGAUUGCUAUUCUAUUCUUAAACUGCUAUCCCAAAAAAACACCUGUACCGGCGACGUCACUUUAGAAUAAGAAUUGGGCAUGUGCCUAAACACAAGUUCACCACUUAUCCGAGUCAAGGUGGAGUUAAUUCAACGCUAUUCUGGUAGACAAUGUAUGUGGCUGGUUGAAGGUCGCCAUCUAAUCUUGGGGAUACUAUAAAAACGCGGAUUUCUCAGCAGAAGGCAUAUCAGUUUACAAUUGAAGCAUCCAACAUGAAGUUGUCUCUCGUUCUCUUCGUCCUCUCGGUGGUGUUGUACGUGGCUCAGGUGAGGGCUGCAGACAACUCAACCACCACAACAACCACCACCACGGAGGCCACCACAACAACCACAGAGGCGUCCUCUUCCUCGACUUCGGAUGAGAACAGAAAGAAAGUUUAUCUCAGCAAUCUGAAGUACAGCAUCAAGAGGAAAAUCAGGGUGGGCACGACCGCCAGUUCCUCGAGCAAAUCCAAGUCCAAGUCGAAGAGCUCCCGUGCCAAUGCUCGCAAGGGUCGCCAAAAUGCCAACAAACGCAACAGGAAGUCCUCCAACAACCGAAAACUCAACAAGAAGAACCGCAAUGCUCGCGUGGUUCGUCGUUAGCCUGAGACAAGUU